AUGACUCCGAACCAGCAUCAUGUAGAGCUGCUGACGCCGACCAAUGCUGAGGCUGGCGGCUUCCAUCGGCGCACGGUCUUCGACCUCAAAACCGACCCGGACCAAGCCGACCGCGCCACGGAGAUCAAGCUCUUCAGUGCUGCGCGUCCUCACAUGCGCGCCUUUCACUUCUCCUGGCUGUCGUUCUUCAUCGCCUUCUUCGGCUGGUUCUCCAUCCCGCCGCUCAUGCCGACCAUCAAGAAGCAGCUCAAGCUGACGCCGGCGCAAGUGAGCAACUCGAACAUCGUGUCAGUAGCGAGCACGAUCGUCGGUCGUGUAAUUGCUGGACCCAUGUGCGAUAAGUACGGCGCGCGCACGGUUCAAGCCGUGCUUCUGGUGGUGGGGGCCCUCCCCGUGGCUUCGGCUGCCUUUGCUGUCAAUUACGGCGGGUUCAUGGUCGUGCGGCUCGUCAUCGGCCUUGUCGGCUCGUCCUUCGUAGCCACCGCGUACUGGUCGUCCGUCAUCUACCUCAUCACUCCACUGCUCUUCGACCUGGUCACUAUCGACGGCGCGGUGUCCGACAACUACGGCUGGCGAAUCACUCUCGUCUUCCCCGCCGUCUUCAUGGUGCUGGUGGGCGUGGCUCUGUAUUUCUUCACCGACGACUGCCCUCAGGGGAACUACGCCGACCUGAAGAAGGCGAACGCCAUGAGCAUCGCGGCCACCAAGCCCGAGAUCGACAUGAAGAAGGCUUUGUGGGCGGUAGCGAAGAAGCCUGCGACGUGGAUCCUUGCGCUCCAGUACGCUUGCUCCUUCCGCGUCGAGCUGCAGGUGCACAACGUCUUGAGUCUCUACUACUACGAGGACUUCAAGCGGUCGGACUGUGACCCGUCCACGGCUGCGGACGCCUGCCGCCUGCUGACGCAGACCAAGGCCGGUCUCAUCUCGUCGCUCUUCGGUCUCAUGUGCAUCUUCGCGCGCGCUGCCGGGGGCUACGCCUCGGACGUCGCUAACAGCCGCAUCGGAAUGCGAGGCCGCAUCUUGACGCAGUUCGUCGCGUUCGCAGGGCAGGCGCUGUUCCUGUACCUGUACAGCACGACGCAGCAGCUGGGGGCCAGCGUUCCGCUGCUUAUCGUCUUCGGCUUCUUCGUGCAGGCGUCCACCGGCACAACGUACGGCAUUGUGCCCUACGUCCUGCCAGAGUACACAGGUGCGACGUCGGGCAUCGUGGGCGCUGGCGGCAACGUAGGCGGACUAUGCUGGGGCUUCCUGUUCAAGGGAGUAGGCCAACGCGCCCUGUCCUUGAAGUACUUGAGCAUCUUAGUGGCGGUGGCAGCUCUGGCGACGGCGGGGACGCACAUCGACGGACAGGGCUCGGUCUGGUCCUCGGCCAAGCAGAAAGAGGAGAAGGAUGACACGUGCAGCGUCGCACCCACGGAGGGCGACGACAGCGUGCACCUCCCCACUCGCUCGGCCAUCUAA